AUGGCAGAGGAGCUACGGGAAGCCGGGGAUGUUUACUGGCUGAACUCCUUGGAGGGGGGACACGCGUGUUUGCUGGUGGACUCUUACGGCGACCUCGCGGAUGGAGUCGCCGUGGAAGAGGCCUUCCUCCUCAUCGAGGGAUAUUCUUCCGCAUGUUCGGACAACAUCGGGGCGACCGGCCGUCUGCGAAAAGCCUUGGCAGCCGUUGAGAAAAGGAGAGGCACAUGCGCGGUGCCGCAGAGACUCCUUCAGCCGACGUUUCCGCUUCGGGUAUGCCGAGGGGAAGCAAGCGCCUGCGGCGAACUCGUAGCGUUUCUGAAGAGGCUUAACGAGCUCAACAAUGGCGCCGGAAAAAACAGAACGAUCGCUGAGGAUGUCAGGCACAGCCGGAGCAGCGGUAGCACGAAUUUCAAUUGCCCCAAACGCGGCAGAAACGCCAGGGUCAUCAACGAAGAAGGCAACGGGAUUCUUGGCAACGCCUUGGACGAGACUACCAAAGGCGACCUCAACAAGGGGCGUUCAGCCACCACGGAUCGCUCAUGGCCGCCACCUCCGCAACCGCCGCUGCCUUCGGGAGGGUUUUCCGGGCCGUCCGUGACCGCGUCUGGGCUGCAAAAGCGUCGUGCCGGGGGCUAUCCAGGAACAUGUAGGUUGGGCAGAAAGGACGACGAUCGAGGACCAGUUGCAAAGACGAAGCGACCCUCUCCCGCUGUCAUUGCCUCGGCUCCCGGUGGUGCUCCUCCUCCGCCCUUUGCUGAUGUUGCCGCUGGAACGACGAAAAAACAGACGAGGGAUACAUCGUCGGCAGCACGGUCAGGGGUUCGGGUCCCUGUGUCUCCAAACUUGAGACGGGAUGCCGCUGUUGCAGUUACCGCUACCGCUGCUCAUCCGCCUGCAACUUCUGUGGGAACGAAGAGAGAAACAGCAACCGCUGUACGAACAAGGGCGGGAACCAGCGAGGUUGGACCACUUUCACGAACCACGGAACGUGGUGAAGUUGGUGCUCGUCCUCGGGGCGGCGAAAAGGAGAUGCCGAACCCCCUGCCUCGUAACGGUCAGACUUGUGCGGGCACCGCGGAGGCCGGCAAGAGACGAGCGGACCGAAGAGAUAUCUUGCGGUGGAUGGAUCGCCUAGGGGUUAAGGCGGGCGGGGUUUGCCGCUGUCGGAGAUACCCUCGUGCCCGGGGCGCUUCGUCUUAAAGGGAACGUGUGGGGCGCCAGCAAAUGCCGCUAGGGCGAAGCACAAUGUUCGCACGGCUCUAUCGGCGUUUGCCGCUCUAGGUGGCAUUGGUGGAACGUGGCUGCGUGGCGAGGCGGAAAUACUCGAAGGGGUUCACGAGGUAUUUGCCUCUAGUAUCACAAAGCAACAUCACUCUUUUUUUGAAGGCGUUGUAGGUAACUUCGUUUGGCGGGGGCUCAGCGUGGCAAGCAAUGCUUUGAUGCGAUUGACGUUCCUCAUCUACUCAGGAACGUUUGCGGUCCUUGCCUCGCGUUUCGUAUUCGUCGCGAUCUCUAGGGUGUCCUAAGCAGGAUUUUCGGAUGCCAAUUUUUCCUCAGCCUCCAUAGCAUACCUGUGGGUAGGUCGGCAAGCCUCUGCCGCCCUCUUUUCUCUCGGCACGUUGGAGAACAAAAUCUCCAUCGCCUCCAGACCUCUAUACACCGUUAACAGAAAUGUCGUUAGCACUCGGUGAAAGGGACGACCCACCCUUCUGGCUGCGCACAUACCGUUACCGCAAGCGUCAAGGACCACGGCGACGUGGGGUCUUAUCGAUGACGUGUACAAGAGGUAUGGCCACCUUCGUUCCCACCGGGCGCUCCGACCACGACAAAAACCACCACCACCACCACCACCACCACCACCACCACAAGAGCAAGAGCAAGAACAACAACCACAACAGCAACGGCCGCGGCGGCGGCAGCAAGGACAACAAGGGCACUAUCAACAAGGGAGAACCCCCGCCGAGACAACCGCCCCGGCGCCUCACCGAAGCCCCCCUCCACCCUCUCCCGGUUGGCCGAACGAGGGCAGCAACCUUCUUCGGAGUGACCGAAAGCUCAAGACCAAGUUCGCGGAACCGAUAUUGCCAGAGAAGGGCGCCCAUCCUUCCAGACUCAAGACUUUCAAGACCAGCGCCGACAACCUGACCAAUCCUGUCAACGUUGAGAAAAUCGGCGCGAUUAAUCCUGCCUCGGCGGUGAAGGCUGCCGGUGUUGGACCGCCCGGGACUGACAGGCUUGGGCGAGUGGAACCUCAACCGAUUCCGUUGCCCGCCCAUAUCAGCCCGGUAGACAACACACCCAAGGUGUCUAAGGGGGGAACAAGACCAACCGGAACAAGGACGGAGCGAAGAAUUUCUGCUCCGGUACCCACUAGAAACGCCUCACUCGCGGGCCUCCCUUCCUCUAUGCGACGGCCCGGCAACAGUUCAUCUGCGGGUGGGGUCAUCGCAAAGACGUCCCCACUUGAACAGUAUUCCACCGCAACAGCUAGAACCGUGGCUACAAUCUCGACUUCGCCGCGGUCGGGGGGGACUCAGGUCAUGAAGACCUGCGGCGAAAUCGUUGUUGCGAAGGAAGAUGCCGCAGCACGACUGGAAAGACAGUCGGUGACACCGGCUGGGGGAGCGCGGGCGGUCGAUGAGAUUGUUUCGGCAUUCUCGGAGAACAAGGACGGCAAGAGAAUCGUCUGCAGCGCGGAAAGAGAAUUCAGUAUCACGAGUUCCUGUCCGUUAGCCUCGGGCAGAAACGGCUAUGGAAUGGACUUGCUCUUGGCCGGGGAAACGCGAGUUCCGUGCAGGACAAAGUACCUUGGCGUGGCAGCGCCGGCCCUCGUUGACUGCACAGAUAAGGACGAUGGGGACGACGAGGCAACUUGUGACCGAUUAGGUGGCACUCCAAUCAAAGAACCCAAGCAUCCAAAGAAGGAGGUGUUGCUUCCAGGUCCAGAGCAAGGAGUUCACCAUUCCGAUCAGAGGGAGGAUGGUUUGGACCUGGUUCUGGGAAACUCGCGUGUGGGUGAAAAAGCCGUUUCCGAGACCGAGAAAUGGCUUGAGUGGGACCCUACCGCCCGGGAUUCCACAGUAGCAGGAAAUUCUAGGAGCAUCUGGGGAGGAAGCCAAACGCCGCACGAUGAGGAUGUUGGUUGUGGACCUUGUGGGUGUGCGACCUCUUGGGGUUGCAUUCUAGGGACCAGCGGCCACAACCCUUCACGACAAGCUGACAUCGGUGGCGCUGAUGCCGCUUUUACUGCGUCCGUUGACAGGAGGCAAUAUGCCUGUAAUGGCCGCCCGCAGCAACCCGAGGGUACUUCGUUCGCAUCCUAUGCAGCAGCUAGGCCAUGCUCGAAGGGAGGGACAAUAAAGUCAACCGCCUUUGCCAAUGUCGUUGGAGCAAUCCCGAGCGACGAGUUAGCCACGUCACCAGAUUGUAGCAGAGGAAACCCCAUGACUGGUAGACAACAAAGAUUGGCAACGUUCGACCGAUUGUGCUCGUCAGCAGCAGAUCCAGCGGCAGCAAUGAAUUACCCCGGCGGCUUCGUUGGACUAGAGGGACGUAGCGCAACCAACGAGCACAACAACAUCGUGGGAUCAACAGACGCCGACCAUACAAAAGGACCGAAACGCUUGGCGGCGAAAAUACGCUCGUUCGAUGAUUUUCAUUGCAGAAUGACCACGUGUGGAUCAAGCUUUCAAUUCCAGGGAAACGUGG